AUGGGGUGCAGUAAAGAGUGUGCAUGCAAUGACAGUUUGCCUUCUAAGUCGCUGUUCUCUUCUAUUGAUAUGGAUAAGGUGUGUGCUAUUAACGAGAAGGUUAAAGGCAGCUGCGUAAAUAUACUGAGCAAAAGCGCUUCUAUACGAGACAUAGAUAUGGCUACUUCUGCCCAUUCUAACGAUGCUACCGGACUAGUAGUCAAGAUCCCAUUCGUGUGCAAGGUGUCUUUGUGCAGGAUAGAAAUAUGCACGUCAUUUAAAAAGAUGGAGCUCUUUGUAAAUAACCAAUAUGUGACGCUGUCCUACAAGUCGAAGACAAAAGAAGAGUACAUGCUUCCAGGAAGCAGGCACAUAAUUCCCAUAGUCAUUCCUGCGUACAAGCACAAGUCUGUGGACACGCUCACGCUUAGGCUGACAGAGUGCGAUGGCGCCGGAUACUUGGCGUACUUGUGCGUGUGCGGAAUAGUCACCGGAGCGCUCCCCAAAGCGGUGGAUGCCACGUACGAGCUGUAUGCCCUUCCAGAAAACGUCAAGAAAAAGACGCCACAGGAGGGCGCAAAUGCUCGCAUAGAGUGA